AACUCGAUUACCAUUUUCGUACCGUACGACCGCUGAAAACCCUAAGCCACUCACAAAUCGCGAAAUUUUCCUCUUCUGACAUUCGUUGAAACUCUUUUCCUCUAUUUCUCCGAAUGAUUGUAUUUAGGGUUCCUGCUUCGUCGAUUGUUGCUCUACCCUUUUGAAUCGGAGUUUUUGCUCUCAAUUUUGAUUGUUAUGUCUAAAAGGGUUCUUUGUAAGUUCUUUGCACAUGGAGCCUGUCUGAAGGGGGAGCAUUGUGAGUAUUCACAUGAUUGGAAGGACCCUCCCAAUAAUAUUUGCACCUUCUAUCAGAGGGGGCUCUGUGCUUAUGGUAGCCGAUGCAGAUAUCAACAUGCUAAGGCUUCUCAAUCUCAAUCUUCUGGUUCAUCUUCGUCAACAAGUUCACAACAAUUUCCUGUUUCAGAUUCUUGGUCUCGACCUCAUUCCUCCAGCACCUCAUCAAAUGGGGUUGCUUUAGUUUCAGGGGUCAUUUCCGAGCUCUCUGCUUCAAGCAGGCCUUUCGUUGUUCCCAAACAACUUGCUUGGAAUCAAGGGUAUGAGCAAUCUGAUUCCCUAGAUAGUGGUGAUGUUGGUGAGAGCAGCCUGAGUCCGGUGGAUCUUCCUAUCUGUUCAUUUGCUGCUGCUGGUGAUUGUCCACGUGGGGAAAAAUGUCCGCAUAUUCAUGGAGACUUGUGCCCUACAUGUGGAAAACAUUGCUUGCAUCCUUAUAGGCUUGAUGAAAAAGAGGAGCAUCUGAGGACAUGUGAAAAAAAGCAUAAGAAUCUAGAGGCAUUGAAACAUAGUCAAGAAAUAGAAUGCAGUGUCUGCUUGGAACGUGUUCUCUCAAAGCCGACAGCAGCUGAGCGAAAGUUUGGGUUGAUGUCGGAAUGUGAUCAUCCAUUCUGUAUAUCUUGCAUCAGGAAUUGGCGAAGUAGUUCACCAACUUCUGGUUUGGAUGUCAACAGUGCAUUGAGGGCCUGCCCAAUAUGUCGCAAGCUUUCAUACUUUGUUGUUCCAAGUGUCAUUUGGUACACUUCUAAAGAAGAGAAACAAGAAAUUGUUAACAGCUACAAGGCAAAACUCAAGUCAAUUGAUUGCAAGCACUUUGACUUCGGGAAUGGGAACUGCCCAUUUGGUACUAGUUGCUUUUACAAGCAUGCGUACCGCGACGGCCGUUUGGAGGAAGUAGCUCUGCGACAUCUCGGGAACGAAGAAGGUCAAACUGUGAUAGCUAAACACGUUAGGCUAUCAGACUUUCUAAGUGACAUGCAUAUAAGGUGAUAUCUCCCUAUGAUGUUUACUCAUAUGAACAAGAAGAUAAUAAGAGAUUGUAUGGUAUGGUGUUGUAUGUUAUCUUUUGCCGGUGGUAUGCUCGCCUGGUUUUUGGGAUUACAGUUACACAACAAAGUGUUUGGAGAGCUAUGCACGAUGGUGGAAGAGAGAGGUUGGUGCUGCUUGGUGUUAUAAACUUGAAAUAAGAAUAAUGAAAACAAAAACAAAAUCAUUGAAAGUAAACAUUAUAAAAAAGAAAAAUACACGUGAGGAUUUUGACAAAGUUUGCUCUUUUUUUUUCUUCCUUAGAUUGUAUACAUAGUCAUAUACGUCUCUCAAUUUUCAAUGGCUACCUUUGUGAGUCAAGAUUGAAUUUUGAAUAAACGGCAUGAUUUGAAUAUAUGAUAUGAUAGAGCAGCGUGUAUUGGUAGUAAAUAAGUACCUUCCUUUGGUUGGGUCGAGUUGAGUUGAACCUCCAUUGUCUCUAUCAAAUGUUUAUCAGAACUGUAUAUAUUUGACAUUACAUAUUGGCUUAUGGCAAUGGCUAUGGCUAUGGCUAUGGCUAUGGCUAUUGGUCUUUAAAAUUUUUAUAAGAGAAUGACUUUGGUUUUCUAAUAUAUAA